UCAUAGAUGUCAAUGAUGUCAUAAGUCAUAACAUGACAGUCAAAACAAAUUCAAAAUUACAAGAAAUAAAUACAUGUUUUAGGGUAAAUUAAAAAGUAUUAAGACUAUUAAGCAAAAAAUAUUUUAAUCCAAAUAGUUUUUCACGAAAGUCAACAGCUUCAAUUUUACUCCAGAAAAUGAACUUGCCGGAUACCGAUAGUGAAGAUGAGUUGCCUCCAGGUUGGGAAGAAAGAGUCACUGUAGAUGGAAGUGUAUUUUAUGCUAAUCAUUUACAAAAAGCCACACAAUGGACCCAUCCUAGAACAGGAAAGAAGAAAAAGGUAUGUGGCGAUUUACCUUUUGGAUGGGAAAGAUGUGUGGAUAAAAACACAGGAAAAGUAAUAUAUGUUGAUCACGAAAAUAAAAGAACUACAUAUACUGACCCGAGAUUAGCAUUUGCUGUUGAAGAAAAAGAGAAUGCCAAUGACUACAGGCAAAGGUUUGAUGCUCAUACUAGUGCUUUGCAAAUUCUUCAUGGUAAAGAUUUAAAUGGAAAAGUAGCUAUCAUAACAGGAGGAAACACUGGAAUAGGUUUUGAAACGGCUAGAUCAUUACUCAAACAUGGUUGUACUGUGAUAUUUGCUUGUAGAAAUUUGAAGGCAACUGAAUUAGCGAUAGAAAAGAUAAAAGCUGAGAAACCUAUUCCAGAUAACAAAUGCCCUGUGUUCUAUUUGGAUCUUGGUAACUUGAAAACUGUCAAAGAAUUCAACGAUCAAGUCAGACAACUGAAAAUCCAAAAGAUAGAUAUACUUAUAUUGAAUGCUGGAGUCUUUGCCCUUCCUUUUACAAAGACGAUUGAUGGUUAUGAGACAACAUUUCAAGUGAACCAUUUGUCGCACUUCUACCUUGCUUGCCUUUUUGAUGAUCUGCUAGCUGUUGGUAGUAGAGUUGUCGUACUAUCUUCAGAGUCACACAGAUUUGCUGAUAUAACUUUUGACAAUAUUUCCGAAUUAAAACUAUCUCCGGACACAGCUUCUAAAUAUUGGUCAAUGAUGGCCUAUAACAACUCUAAACUUUGCAACGUCCUCUUUGCAAGGCAACUAGCCAAAAAACUUCAGAACAGGGGUGUUUCGGUCUUUAGCGUCCAUCCUGGUAAUUUGGUCUUUACUGAUAUAUCUAGACACUGGUGGUUUUAUAGACUCCUCUUCUACCUAGUCCGCCCUUUUACUAAAAGUAUACAACAGGCGGCCGCCACCACAAUCUUUUGCGCUGUUGCACCAGAACUGAAUGGUGUGACUGGUUGUUAUUUCAACAAUUGUUACCAAUGCGAAGAAAGUAAAAUGGCUCAGAAGGACGAUUUAGCUCUAGCCCUUUGGGAGAUCAGUACUACAAUGGUAGAGAGGGCUGUUGGGGAACAGAAGGGACUUAUUUUCAGGAUUUGACAUUAAAUUAGUCUGUUUUGUGAUUAAUUUACAUGCAAAUAGUCGUUACAACAUUGUUUAUUUCUGUUGAAAUUGCCAGAACUGAAGUGAUGACUCAUUAAGAUUCUCAAUUGUCUUACCUAUCUGUCGUGAUAAAAUUUGAGUUGGUAUGCAAGUCAUUGCCUCUCAAAGCCUUUUUUUCAUUAUUUUUUUUUAGCUGUAUCUAUUUGGUACAGUGACUCAAUAAAACACAUUAGUGAUAAUAGAGCACCAUUAGAAAGCUAAAUUUGGAUAUGAAUGCAUAGGAAAUUUUUAUAAUAAAUGUGGAAUAGCUGAGAAAA